GGUAUAGUGGGGAGAGAGGACUCCCUCUAGCUUUUUUCCCCUGCCGUAGCACCUGAGCUGGGUGUGGGGAGAUGUACCUCUCCCCACUGCAGCAGCUCCGGGGCGGGGACAGCAGGAUAGGUGUCCCUCACUCCGUCUGGCAGGUUCAGGCCAGGGCUGGGUUUGGGCUGGGGGAGGGAUGCCACAGUAGGUCCAGGUUGGGGCUUGGUUCAGACCAGAGGAGGGCCACUGCAGUAGGGCCAGGCCAGGGCUGGGUUCAGGCCAUCCCUCCCCAGGGCAUGUCCACAUCAUACAACCCACGUCCCUGUUGGAGAUCUAAGCAGGUGUACUGAGGACUAAGUGAGCAGAGGCCAGGCUUUUCCUAGAGAAGUGGUUUCUUCCUGUUCAGACUGAUGUAUGUGGGUGUAGGGCCUUGCAGUGCUCUCGCCUGCACUGUCCCCAUUCUGGGCAUGCCUACACAGAAGGAAAACCCUGGCUGGUCUGUGCCAGCUGACUUGGGCUUGUGGGGCUCGAGCUGUGGGUCUGUUUCAUUGCUGGAUAGAUUUCUGGGCUCCAGCACCCUGCGAGGGUCCCAGAGCAACUCCGACAUCUGCACAGCAAUGAAAUGGCCCCAGAGCCUGAGCCCCAACUGUGGUCGGCACUGGCCAGCCAUGGGUUUUUCUCCGCUUUGUAAACAAGCCAGUAGAAAGGUCUCUGAAUGCAGAACUCUCACUUUUGCCUGUUGGAGAUCAUAUGCUCCGGUCCCUUGCUUAUUUGUGAGCGUAACUUACAGCAAAUGCAGCAGAAGAGCAAUCAGAAAACGCCCCCUAGUGCCGGCGCCUUCAGCACUGCGGUCAGUCAGUUGAUUUCCUCGCUUAAUGUAUGUGCAAAGAAGGAAGCAUCCUGGACGUUGACACUACCAAAGGGAGGGUCAGACCCACUUGUGCAAUAAACACAUGGAUGGAGCUACAUUUCUGUGCCUUCCUCCUUCUCUGAUCCACCCAGCCUGACCGGCUAAAAUCAAUUCUACAUUGCACUGUUGUCACCUCCUAACAAGUGGCUCCCUCUUUGUGUCUCUUUCAGGCUGGACCUGCAAAGAUGACUGUAAAUAUGAAUGCAUGUGGCUUACAGUGGGGCUUUAUGAACAGGAAGGUCACCGAGUGCCUCAGUUUUAUGGCAAGUGGCCCUUUUCCCGCUUCCUGUUCUUCCAGGAACCUGCUUCUGCCUUUGCUUCUUUCCUUAACGGACUUGCCAACUUUGUGAUGUUGACAAGAUACAAAGCAUCCGUCCCGCCUUCAUCUCCCAUGUACCACACCUGUAUUGCCUUUGCCUGGGUUUCAUUAAAUGCCUGGUUCUGGUCGAUGGUCUUCCACACAAGGGACACCGAUGUAACUGAGAAACUGGAUUACUUCUGCGCCUCCACCGUCAUCCUGCACUCCAUCUACCUGUGCUGCGUCAGGACCCUGGGUCUGAAACGUCCAGCCUUUGCCAAUGCUUUUGGGGGUUUUCUGAUCCUCUGCCUGGCCUGCCACGUCUCCUACCUCACGCUCGUGCGCUUUGACUACGGCUACAACAUGGCCGCAAACGUGGUGAUCGGCCUCCUCAACCUCUUCUGGUGGCUCUGCUGGUGCCUGCAGAACCAGCAGCGUCUCCCGUACGUGCGGAAGUGCAUGGCGGUGGUGCUGCUCCUCCAGGCCCUGGCGCUGCUCGAGCUCCUGGACUUCCCGCCCCUCUUCUGGAUCCUGGACGCCCACGCCCUGUGGCACCUCAGCACCAUUCCCGUCAACGUCCUCUUCUACAGCUUCCUCCGUGACGACAGCCUGUACCUCUUGAAGGUGAACUCGGCCGUUAUGAAAAUGGACUGAAGCGGUUCGGGGGAGGCCUGCCCGUGCAGAGGCGGUAACCCCUCCCUGGUGGAAACUGUCCCUUGAGACUUUCCGAGCGCCGCUCCCAGCCGCGCUCUGGGUCGUCCGCGGCCUGAGGAACAGCGAUGCCGGGCGCUUUCCGUGAGUCCAGUCCAGAAUCCGGCCGUGCCAAGACCCGCUCUCUCCGCCUUCCCCUCCGGGGUGCGCCGAAUCCUGGAGCAACAUUCCCCCACCUUCCUUUUCUUUCCUCUUUUUUUUUGCCUUCAGAAGUUUUAAUUCUCAUCCCAUGACUCGUUCCAUUAGAGCAUCCGUGAUCCAUCUCGCCCCCGCACGCCCCCGCACGCUCUGCAGUUACUGCUGCUCUGUGCUCCCGGGCCACGUGGUGCCUUUCCGUUUCCACUGUUACGAAAUCUGUGUGAGUCGCCGCGUGCCGAGGGAUUUCAGACCAAGUGGGAAACGUGGGUGAGCCAGCCCGGGGGGGGUCGAUGGGAAGACG